CUUUCGCAAGGCACUGUAUAAUGUUAGAAUUGCGUUUCCUCCCUCCAGACAGCAGAUAUGUGUGUUUCAGGCGAUGUUUCUAGUGUGACGUAUAAUCUAGUGGACGGAACGCUUCUUCAACAACUGCAGCCACCUUGGUAGCUCGCCAGACAACAAAGUCGGAACAUUCAAGUUCUUUGGGAUAAUUUUGUGGUUUAUUUACCACUAUGAUUUAAACAUACUUAUGUGGAAACAACUAGCUACCCCAUUUAAUUUAAUAUUUACGUUGUUAGUCAAUUAGCUGGCUGAUUAAGUUAGCACUAGUCUAGUCGCUAAUGCUAACAAGCUAUUACCCCCGACGAUUGAGUUCACUAAGCUACUCUCCUCCUGCUAAAGAAGAGGUCUGCUGGACGGAGAAAGAAGCUCUGGUGAAUAAGGAGGAGGAAGAGGAGGCUGUUACAAUACAAAAACAAGUAGAGGGUGAGGCUGUUACCAUGAAAGAAGAAGAGAAAGACGUUUCAGUGAAAGAAGAUGCGAAAGACGCCUUCAGAGUGAAAGAGGAGGAGGAAGAUGUUACUGUGAAAGGAGAGGAAGAUGCCGUUUUUGGAGUGGAGGAUAUAGAGGGGGCGAUUACUGUCUCAUUAGAGGACGAAGAAGAGAAGACUGGAGAUCUGAUUAACAACCGGAGAGAGACAGGACUAUCGUGGAUCCUCUGGGGAUCCUCAACAACAUCAUGAUGCUGACAGGGCAGAGAAGAGUCUCUCCAGAUCAGAACACCUCAAGAAACACCUGCAGAAACCCACAGGGAAGAAAUCUCACCACUGCUCUGACUGUGGGAAGAGUUAUUCAAGAUCAGAUUCACUUAAACUACAUAAGAGAAUACACCAGCGAGUACACACAGGAGAGAAACCUCACCACUGUUUUGACUGGGAAGAGUUACUUAAAAUCAGAUUCACUUAAACUACACCUGAGAAUACAUACUGGAUAGAAUCUUCACUGCUGCUCUGACUGUGGGAAGAGAUUCACCUCUUCAGUAGACCUUAAAACACAGGAGAGAAACCUUUUGGCUGUAAUCAAUGUGGGAAGAGUUUUACUCAGUCAAGAGGCCUGAUAUCACACCAGAUAACACACACACACAGGAGAGAAAUCUUAUAGCUAUGAUCAAUAUGAUGAGGUACACUCAUAAAAUAUAUCUCAUCAAGCAUCAGAAAAUACAUACAUGAAGGAGUUGUUUCACGAUAUCAAUGAAAUAUUGUCACAAUGUAGAAUGUUUUAACAUUGUAGUUGGAGUAUUUGAAUGAAUUUAUAAUGUAGCACCCUAAACGUUU